AUGGACACUGGCAGAAAGCAUGUCUUCACCGCUUCUGGUACCAAGAUUCCAGUUCUAGGGCUCGGCACCUUUGAGCCUGGCUCGAAAGAGGGAAGCGGCCGUUGUGCCACGGCGGUAAGAGAGGGGAUUCUGGCCGGCUACCGACAUAUCGAUACUGCAAGCCUUUACGGCUGCGAAGAAGAGGUUGGGGAAGGGAUCCGUAGCAGUGGUAUUCCUCGGGAAGAAUUGUUUAUUUGUACCAAAUUCUGGCAGCAAUAUCAUCGACCAGAGGACGUCGUGAAGAGUCUAAAUGACAGCUUGGGCCGAAUGGGUCUCUCAUAUGUUGAUCUUUACUUGAUGCACUGGCCAUUGGCCUUUGAGCGAACGGAUGAGUUCGAGGUUCAGUUGAGGGCAAACGGCAAGCCGGUCGUUGAUGAAGAACUUACACGAAACCAUGAGCCAACCUGGAGAGCAAUGGAAGCUUUGGUGCAAUCAGGCAAAGCACGGGCAAUUGGUGUAUCCAAUUUUACGAUCCCACAGCUGCAAGCGCUCCUCAAGUUUGCAACCAUUAAACCCGCCUGCAACCAAGUUGAAGCGCAUCCGUGGUUUCCUCAGAAUGAGCUUUUGCAGUUCUGCAAAAAGAAUGGCAUCGCUUUCUUAGCCUACUCGCCCCUUGGCAGUCAACCUGGAGCUCUGCACGAAGUAACCGCGCGGCUGCUCGACGACGAAGAAGUCGUGGCCGUGGCCAAAAUGAAUGGAGUAGAGCCUGCUCAGGUUCUUAUUGCAUGGGCUAUUCAACGAGGAACCGUCGUUAUACCAAAGUCAGCUACGCCGAGCAGAAUUGUUUCCAAUUUCACAGUUCCGGAAUUAUCUUCAGAAGACUUCGCCUUGAUUGAUACCAUCUGUGAUCGACAGCCAAGCAAGAAACAUAGGUUUGUCAAUUUUGACGAGAUAUGGGGUGUUGCACAGUUCGAAGGAGACUGUUGA